UUAUUCCAAAAACUAUCAUAAACAAACGAUAAAUAAAAUAAAUAUAACAAAUAUAUAUAAAAUAAUAACAACAAUAAAACUUAUAACCAAUAAAUGUGUGCCAAAAUAAAUAUAUAUCUAACCAAAAAAUAUAUAAACAUAAAAAAAAAAUUUCAAUCAUAACCAUACAAAAUUUUAUAUAAAUUUUAAAUAAAUUUUUCACUGACAUUCGUAUCACCUCGUCAAUAAAUUAACCAGCAACUAUAUAUAUAUAUACAUAUAUAUAUAAAUAUAUAUGAAGUUAAUGUGACUUAAGUGUCAUGCAAUAUUUAUAAUAUAAAAUAUAUAUAAUAUUUAUUAUCAAUGAUUAAUAAUUAAUAAAUUUAUUAGUUAUUGUCAUACUUUCAAAUAUAUAUAAUAAUAUAUAUUUGUAUAUUUAUAUAUUGAUAAUAAAUAUAUAAAAUAGCCACGGCUUUUACGGAGAUGGUUGGACUUGCGGGCGGGGGAGGACAUUUGUAUCCCUCGCCCCCGAUGCAAACUAAUAAUUCUGAGUUGAGAGAAAUGACGGGGAUCACGCCAACGGCACCAACGAGUGCUGAUGCAUGCCUGAGUAUUGUACACUCGCUGAUGUGUCAUCGCCAGGGUGGCGAGAGCGAAGGAUUUAGUAAACGUGCCAUUGAAUCGCUGGUUAAAAAACUUAAGGAAAAAAGAGACGAAUUGGACAGUCUGAUAACGGCGAUAACAACAAACGGCGCCCACCCAAGUAAAUGCGUAACAAUCCAAAGGACACUUGACGGACGACUACAAGUUGCUGGUCGCAAAGGUUUCCCUCACGUUAUUUACGCUCGUAUAUGGCGAUGGCCUGAUUUGCAUAAAAAUGAACUGAAACACGUGAAAUACUGUCAGUUUGCAUUCGACUUGAAAUGUGACUCCGUCUGUGUUAAUCCUUAUCAUUACGAACGUGUCGUCUCACCAGGAAUAGACCCGUUCUUUACAGAUUUAUCCGGACUGACAUUACAAUCUGGGGUCGGAGUCGGACCCGGUGGACGUCUGGUAAAAGAUGAGUACAGCGUCGGGGGAGGUAACGUUACAGGAGUCUCUGGUGUUCCCGGAGUUCCUGGAGUUCCUGGUGUCGUUCCAGGUCAGGCGGGGUCAGUAACUGGUCCCGCAGGGCCAUCAGCAUCCGGGCCAUCGAAUGUCGGUGGCUCGACUGGGAUGGACGUCGACGGGGAAAUGAGUCAGACAAUCCAACAUCAUCCCCAGUCAUCACAAUCAGCCAACAGUAAUUCGCAGUCCUCACAAUUUAUUACUGGUCUUCCUCCGAAUCCAACCGGUGAAAAUAUUUAUCCUAGAGGGGGUACUGUAGUAGGUAACGUUACCGGAAGUGCUGGUACUGCUGGUGUUAAUAAUCAACAGCAACAACAACAGCAGCAGCAACAACUUAAUCACGGUACCAAUAAAUUAGAUGACAAUAAUUGCCCUCCGACGAGACAAACCUGGAUACCGACUACGCAUCAUAUCAACCCGCGUAAUUUACAUCAUCCUGUAGUACAUCAAAUGGGUCAUUCAGUGGCACAACAGCAAUCAUUGAACGCUGGCACAGCGACUGGUGCACCGAUACUAAGUCCAACGCAAGCUCAAUCAUCAGAUCAAUUCUACAAUACAAACACACCGCCUCAGGAUUUGAAUUCAGCACCACCGACAGUCGACGCUCUUACAGCCUCCCUAGGUGGAACACAAAGUUCUCCAGUAUCUCCAGCUCAUUUACAUCAUCAGAAUGGUUUUGCAGUAGCAACAGGAGCUAAUCCUUACAAUACUGGUGGUCCACAGUGGACUGGUGCUAAUACUUUGACUUAUACCCAGAGUAUGCAGCCACCGGAUCACCGACAUCUGCAUCCAACUUCUUACUGGCACGGUAAUGAAGUAGGCGGUAAUAUGAGUGGUUUGUUAUCAACCCAACCAGCGCCCGAGUACUGGUGCUCAGUAGGUUACUUUGAAUUAGAUACCCAAGUCGGAGAAACAUUCAAAGUAAGUAGCGGGUGUCCAACCGUGACCGUUGAUGGUUACGUUGAUCCAAGUGGCGGUAACCGAUUUUGUCUCGGUGCCCUGAGUAAUGUACAUCGUACUGAACAAAGUGAACGUGCACGACUUCAUAUAGGUAAAGGAGUGGUCCUGGAUUUACGUGGUGAAGGUGACGUCUGGUUGAGAUGUCAAAGCGAGCAUAGCGUAUUUGUACAAUCAUAUUAUUUAGACAGAGAAGCUGGACGUGCACCUGGUGACGCCGUUCAUAAAAUUUAUCCACAGGCAUAUAUUAAAGUAUUUGAUUUAAGACAGUGCCAUAAACAAAUGAGAGGUCAGGCUGCUACUGCACAAGCUGCUGCUGCUGCUCAAGCUGCUGCUGUUGCUGGACAUUUGACGCAUGGCCAGCCAAUUACUAAAAAUUUGAGUGCUGCUGCUGGUAUCGGUGUUGAUGACUUGAGAAGACUUUGUAUACUACGAUUGAGUUUCGUUAAAGGAUGGGGUCCUGAUUAUCCAAGACAGAGUAUCAAAGAAACUCCUUGUUGGAUUGAGGUACAUUUACACCGAGCACUACAAUUACUCGACGAAGUACUUCAUACAAUGCCAAUUGACGGACCAAGAGGUAUCGAAUAAUGAAAUUUUACUAUUAUGUAUAUUUUAAUUAAUUUAAGAUUUUUUUCCCAUAAUUAAUUUGUUGAUUAAAUCAUCUAAAGAAAAAAAAAAACACAAAAAAAAAAAAUAAGAACAAAGUAAUGGUUACGAAUAAAUAUUUUGAUUACAUCAAAAUAAUUAAUGGACUUCUCAUUACUUUAUAUUAUUAAAUAUGGAAGAAAUUAUUAAUUAAUUAACUAAUUAAUUGAUUAAUAAUUAAUGAUUAAUAUAAAAAAAAAUAUAUGGCGCCAUGGCCUUGCUCUCAGACUCAACGUACAAAAAAUUUAUCAGGUUAAAAAAAAAAAUAAUAAUAAUUAAUAAUUAAAUAAAUAAUUAAUUAAAAAAUUUAAUUAGAUUGAGUAAAAUAAAAAUAAAUAAAUUGCGUGUCAGUGUCGUAUUUUUGUCAACUGCUAAAAAAUUAUUUUUUAGAGUGAAAAUGUCUAAAAAAAAAAAUAAUAAUAAUAAUUAAUUAACUAAUUAAUUAAUUAAACGAGUGAAUAAAUGAGAGAUAUUUUAUAAGGCGGCCAAAUGCAAUCUGAUUAAUUAAUUUUAAAAUUUUUUUAAUAUCAAUAAUUAAUUGAUUUUUAUUAGACUAGGCCUGGGGCAUAAGAAAAAUAAAAGCAAUUUUCGAAUUUUGUUUUUUUCGCUCAGUUUAAAAAUUUUUUUUAUUAUUAAUUAAUUAAUUAAUUAAUAGUGUAAAUAAUGGGUCAGAUUAAGUCCCAAAGAUUUUUUUAUACGAAGGGCAAUUUUUUAUGUUUUUGCCUUUGUUUUUUAGUUGCUUGUUAUAGAUGAGAUUGUUGAUGAAAUUUAUAAAAUCUCAGGUGACAAUUUUUGAAAUUUUAACUUUGGGUAUUUAUAUUUUUGAAUUAUUUAUUCGAGUUUACUAUAGGCUUGUGGGUACUCGUUUCAGAGGAAAUUUACUUCCUGACAACAUUCGAUCACUAAUUAAUUCAAAAUGAAAUUUUUUGAAAAUCUGAGAUUUACAAAAAUUUCAAUAUUUUUUAUUUCUGAUCCAAAUACCAGCUUGUGGGUACUCGUUUCAGAGGAAAUUUAGUCCCUGACAACUUCCGACCAUCGAUUUAUCAAAAAUAAAAUUUUUUCAUAAUCUCAGAUUUUCAAGAACUUAAAAAAUUUUAAUUUCUGAUUCAAAUACCAGCUUGUGGGUACUCGUUUCAAAGGAAAUCAUCUCCUUGUCGACAUCCCACCAUUAAUCCAUCAAAAAAAAAAUUUUUUAGAGCUUAAGAUUUUCGAAAAUUAUAAAAAUUUUAAAUUCUGUUCCAAAUACCAGCUUGUGGGUACUCGUUUCAGAGGAAAUUGACUCCCUAACAACAUUCUACCGUCAAUUCAUUAAAAAUAAAAUUUUUUCAAAAUCUAAGAUUUUCAAAAACUUACAAAAUUUUAAUGUCUGAUCCAAAUACCAGCUUGUGGGUACUCGUCUUAGAGGAAAUUAAGUCCCCGAUGACACCCGACCAUUCAUUAAUUCAAAAUGAAUUUUUUUGAAAAUCUAAAACUUAAAAAAAUUUCAAAAUUUUUAAUUUCUGAUCCAAAUACCAGCUUGUGGGUACUCAUUCUAACGAAAAUAAAAUUGUCUGUCUUCUCAAACCACAAAAACCGAAAAAAUCCGAAUUCCAAAAAUAAGAAAAUUAAAAAAAAAACCCAAAGUUAAAGAAAAGAAAAUUGUCACCAAGACCCUAACUCAGUGUACUCGUACUCAGUUUUAUUGUUAACGACUAUCGUAAUUAUGUUCAUUUUAAAUUUAAUUAAUCGAACAAUUAAUGUUUUAAAAUUACCACUUAGAAAAAUAAAUGAGUCUGAUUCACUCAUUUUUUUAUUUCAUUUUUAUUUUAAUUAAUAACUAAAAGUUAUAAAAUAAAUGAAUAAAAAAAAAUUCUCAUUGAUUGUUACUAUGAGCUUAAUAAAAAAUAAUUAUUAUUAAUUAAUUAGUAAUAAUAUUAUUUUGUUAUCCAAGCGAAUUGUGUACAAAUAAACUUAAAUUUUUAAGAAUUUAUACAAUCGCUGAGUAAUAAUUAUUAAAUAAUAGUAAUAAUAAUAAUUGUUAUUAUUAUUAUUAUUAUUUGAAAAUACUUAAUUAAUAAGUAAUUAAUAGAAAAGAUAAUAUUUAGACAUAAAUAAAAUAUAAUAAAAUUUAAGUACUAAAGAAAUGGGUGAACAAAAUAAAAUAUGUGCCAUUUCUCAAUUGAUUAAUACGUAAAUUAAUUGAUUAAUUGAUUUAAAAUAAUAAGCUAACUCUAAUUAAUAUAAAAAAAACCGACAAUUUUAAUUAAUGAAUUUUUAAAAAAAAUUAUUAGUUUUUUAUUUUUUUUUUACUGCGAUGGGAUUCGAACUCGCGCUCUUGUAAUUGGGAAGAAAAUUAAUGACAGUAGAAUUUACUCAUUAGAGUAUUAAGAUUUUUAGGGGGUAAUUAAUAAUCAGAAGGGAUUUUUUUUUGCAACAAAAAAUUGUAAUGGAAAAUUAAAGAGAAAUUUUUUGAAAUCAGAAUAUAGGGAUGUGGGUACUCAAACUAGAGGAAAUUUGAUGUUUAAUAUGGGAGAGAUGUUCAUUUUUAUAAAAAUUAAUUUUUUGAGAAAUUCAAAUUUUAAAAUUUCACUUGGAAUUUUAUUUUUAUUUUACAAUAGUGAUGUAGGUACUCAAACUAGAGGAAAUUUGACGCUUAGUAUGGGAGAGGUAUUCAUUUUAAAAAAUGUCGAUUUUUGAAAAAUUUUAAUUUUGAAAUUUUAUUAGGGAUUUUCUUUUUAUUUUGCAAUAGUGAUGUGGGUACUCAACCUAGAGAAAAUUUGCCAUUUGAUAAUAAAAAAUCCCUCAAACCAUUUCUAAAAAUUCCAGUCAUGAAUUAUGUCCCAAAAAUAACAAUCGUUACAUAUAAAAAUUCCCACAUAAAUUUUUGUCAUUGAAAUUCAAAUUCCUCCUAAACUAUCAAAGAUACGGCAAAAAUAAUUUCAUACAAAUUUAAAGAGAAUUUAAUUCCCGACAAAUUAUGUCUCUUUACAUUUUCACGUAAACUUGAUAGUUAACCCAGAAUCGUCAUUUUAAAUGAAUAGAACUUCAGUUAAACUCAAACAUGACAUCCGCGGUUCGAAUCCCGUUCGCAGUAAAAACAAAAAAAAAUAAAGAUACUUUUUUUUUCUUUUUUUUUGAUUGCUUGAUAUAAUAAAUAAACUAGAAAUUAAUAAUAAUUAUAAACAUAAUUAUAAAAAUAAUAAUAAUAAUAAAAAUCUUUUUUACAAAACUUAUAUUUUUAACAUGUGAAUUUAAGCAGUUUUAUACAUAGUAUCAAGUCAUAUAUUAAAUAAUUAAUAUUAUAAUAAUAAUACUAAUAAUUAAAUUAAUCAGUAAGUUAACAAUUAAUUAAUUAAUUAAAUAAAAUAUGUAUAAUUAUCGUACGCACGUAAACUAUUAUUUAGUUAAUAAUUGUUUAAUUAGUGUGAUUUCAUUUAAUCCAAUUAAUUAAUUAAUUAUAAUAAUAAUUAUUAAAUUCUUGUUAAUGUUGUGGCUAUUUCCGUUCUAUUCAAAUAAACACUUUAGAUUAUCAGUUUUAAAAAAAUCAUAAAUUUAUAAUUGUUUGGUUUACAAAAAAAAAAAAAAAAAAAAAAAUAUUUGUUAGAUUUUCUAAGUUUUUGGAUUGUUAAUGUCGACUAAAUUGAUGAAACAACUCACACAUACACGUUGAUAUUAUUUAUUGAUUUAAAUAAUUACAGUGCAAUAGACUUCACUUUUUUUUGUAUUAAAA